AUGAGGAACCGCCUUCAAAGAAUUUUACCUAAUGUUGUUCAAUUAACAAUAUCAUUACAAAUUUAUUCUGAAUUCAUAUUUAUCUUACGCUAUAGUUUACCAAAAAUUAAAUAUUUGGAUGUUACUUUUCAUCGAAAACGUUUAUUAAUACCGAUCAUCGAUAAAGAUAAUAUACGACAUAUAAACGUUCAAUUUUUGAAAUGUCUUAAAUUGUUCUCACGCUUAUCACCGUGUAAAAUUCGUUUAGAACUUGCAAAUGGUACACGAUGGGAGACCCUUUUGAGUCGCUACUUGCCUAAUUUAAGCGAUUUCCAAUUUACCAUAUUGAAUCGCCCAUCUAUGUUGUUUUCUAUCAACGACGUAUUAGAAAAAUUUCGGUCAAUCUAUUGGUUAGAUAAGAGAUGGAUUGUCAGUUAUUAUAUUGAUAGACAACCGAAUGCUUGGCCAUUUAAUUUUUAUAUUAACGAUGAUGUUUUGAUUCUUUAUACGAUGCCGUAUGAUGGCGGAAAUGAUAGCUAUGAAUUGAAUAAUAAUUAUUUUCUGAACAGAAUCAAUACAUCAUCGUAUACAAAUCAGAAAAUGAUCUAUUGGAAUAUCAAUUUAGCAAUUAUUGCCGUACAGUCAAUUUUAAAUAUGACACCAUUAUUUCAGAAUUUACAAUAUUGCCAUUUUCAAAUUUUUAAGCAAAUCGAUGUGAAAAAGAUGGGGGCAACAACUGUCAAUAGGCCGAUACUUUUCAAACCGCAUACAAUAAAAUUUAAAUUUCAUGCUGACAUCGAUACUUUGCAUCGAAAAGUUGUUUGUGAAUAUAUUUUGGCUGCUGCAACCUAUUUGCAUACAUUAUCGAUUGAUUUUGAUGUUCUUGAAUCGUUGCUGAUAAACAGCAUGUAUAGAAUUCAUGAUAUCCAACAUUUAGAACUGCGUCAAUUAGGCGAAUUUGACUUUUCUAAAACAACGCGAUUAAUUGAAUUAAUGAAAUCACUUUCCAGUUAA